AUGAUUUCACAUAUAUACAUUGUAUUUUUUUUUAUUGCAACUAUUUAUGUUAUCCCUUACCCCGCAUCUCCGAAUGAAACAUGUCCUGGGGAAAUUAGCCUUCGAAAGUGUCUCAACCAAUCUGGCUUUAAGGGACCUGCUUAUUUUCGCUAUGACCGCAGAGACCUUGCCUACAAUGUUGAUCUUGGCAUAGAAUAUAAUUUACGAGUAAUUUAUUUUCCAGUGGCUUUUGUCCAUCCAUUGGAUGAAUCAGAUGUUAGUAUUGCCAUUCAAUGCGGCAAAAACUUUUCCAUCGUUGCAAGAUCAGGUGGUCAUUCCUUCGAAAGUUAUAGCAUUGGUAGCGAAAAUUGUACUCUGGUUGUUGACCUCAUAAACUUUAAUGAAAUUAGUAUCGAUGAAAUUGCCGAAACUGUAGUGGUCGGAGCAGGAAAUAGGCUAGGAACAUUAUAUUACGAAUUAAAUAAUUCUGGGUUUGCAUUUCCAUCCGGUAGUUGUGUUGAUGUUGGUGUUGGUGGUAUUAUAUUAGGAGGUGGUGAAGGACUUCUUGCACGAAAGUUUGGAAUGUCAUCUGAUAAUAUUCUUGAUGCAAAAAUUGUAUUAGCAAAUGGGAGCAUAAUUGAAAAUGCCAGUGAUUAUCAUGACUUAUUUUGGGCUCUUCAAGGUGCGGGAAAUGCUGGUUAUGGUAUUGUUACUAGCCUAAAACUCAAGAUCUAUCGUAUACCAGAGAGAGUGACUUUUAUGGAUUUUAAAUAUGAAGCUAGUCUUAACGCGAUAAAGUCAAUAUAUUCGACAUUGAAUAAACUUGGGCAAGCGUUUGAUCAAAAUUUAUCAAUGGAAAUUAUUCACUGGCAUCCUGAAAACCUAACCUCUGUUCGAGGUCUUUAUUUAGGUCCUGAAAGUAAUUUAAAUGAAAUUUUACAAGAAUUUAUUGAAGGAUCUAAGCCUAUAGACACGAAAUAUUAUGAAGAAGAUUGGUUUAGUACGAUCGUUAGAGAUGCAUCAUUCCCUAUGAGGACAGUAGAAGGUGCCAAACAUCCUAGAAAUACUCCUGCACCUGUUAAGGUGAAAUCGUUUUAUGUUAAUAAUUCAGGCCUAUCUCCUAAAGGGGUUGAGUCUUUAUUCAAUUUUAUGUGGGAAGUUAAUUGUCCAAUGUUUAUAGAUACAACAUUAUAUGGUGGCGGAAGUCACUACAAUGAUAGUCGAACCGGAACCGCAUUUGUUCACAGAGGUUUUAUGUAUCAUAUAUCAAUUGGAAUGACUUUACCAAUUAGUGACGAGAGACUUAUAGAUGAAAAAUGCUUAACCCAAUUAAAACAAUUUGCCGAAUCUUUUCAGGAAACUUAUACUAGUAAUGAAAGUUAUCAAAAUGUAAUUGAUAAAGAAUUAGAUAAAUGGCAAUGUAGAUAUUAUGGAGAAAAUUUUAAAAAGUUGGUGGAAAUUAAGCGUCAAUAUGACCCUUAUAAUUUAUUUAAUUGGGCUCAAAGUAUUCCUAGAACAAGCGAAAUUAAUUGUACUAAUUGGAAUUUAGAAUCAUAUAGAAAUUAG